AUGUCUAAUCAAGAAGACUGCUACUUUUUUUUCUAUUCUACAUGUAAUAAGGGAGAUAGGUGCCCCUUCCGGCACUGUGAAGCUGCCUUAGGAAAUGAGACUGUCUGCACAUUGUGGCAGAAAGGGCGCUGUUUUCGACAAGUCUGCAGGUUCCGACACAUGGAAAUUGAGAAAAAGCGGAGUGAGAUUCCAUGCUACUGGGAAAACCAGCCAAAAGGAUGUCAAAAAUUAAAUUGUGCAUUUCAUCACAACAGGGGUCGCUAUGUUGAAGGCCGUUUCCUACCUCCAAGCAAAACUAUGCAGCUCUCAAUGCAGCGGAAACCUGGGGUCAGCUUAAAGCAAGAUGAUAGUUUGAAUUUUGGAAUAAAAACUCUUGAAGAAACCAAGUCAAAGAAAAUGAAGGAAAAAUCUAAGGAGCAAGGAGAAGGGCCUUCAGGAGCAUCUGCUCACUUACUUCAACCACAGCCCAUUCCAGGUCCCGAGAAAGAGAAUGUCAGAACUGUGAUCCUGUCCAACAAACAAGGAGACCUCUCGGUGCGGCUGAGGCUAGGGAAGCGGAAGCUCUCAGGUGCUGACAAUGACCCUCCACUGAAGCGAAGUCUCGCUCAAAGGCUUGGAGAAAAAAUUGAGUCUCCAGAAAUGAAUACUGACAAAAUACCAAAGAAAGUUCAAGUUUCUAAGUCUCUGAAGGAGAGAUUAGGAAUGCGCGCUGAUCUAAAUAGUAUGGAGACAACAGAAAGAUCUGCAAAAGGUGGAGAGCUCCACGUGAAGGCACAUCUUGAGAGAGCCAGCCAGAAACGAGGAGACUUGCAAACCAAAAUCAAGAAUGAAGGAACCCAUAAGACUGAAGAUUCCAGUUUAGAGAUAAGGAGCUCUUCUGUUAUUCGACUCAAAACAUUUUCUGAGGUCCUAGCUGAAAAAAGACACCGGCAGCAGAAAGAAGAGAGACAGAAAGCUGAGAAGGAAAAUCCUUCUGUUAAACUCGGAAUAGAGAGUGAGUCUAAGAAAGCAAUCAUCUUGCCUCCUACCACUGCCAGCAAAGGGCAAUUAGAAGAGCCUGCGAGUAAAACCAAGCCCAUGCAGGAAGUUCACAUGAAAAUCCUGGAGGAGAUCGAGCAAGAAACGGCACUGAGGGUACAACAGAGUGCUGAGAACAGCAUCGACUCCCAGCCACAGCCUGAGACUACUCCAGUGAUGAGACGACUGCUCGGCAUCGCCAAAAGAACCCUUACAGAAGAAGAGAAGAAACUAAGUGAAGCAGCCGACAUCUCAUCUCGUAUCGGGGUUACUCUAACAGAGACUGUUGAGGUUUCCUCACAGCCUUCAGGUGAGACCACAAGAGACGGCUUUUCCAAAGUUCAAGUCAAGAACUUUGAGGAUAUCGUGAAAGUGCAGCGCAUGCAGAAACAGCAAGAGGUGGAAACACUACAAAAGGAGAAAGCCGCUUUGACACCCCUUCAGGAAGAAGCAGCACCUGGUGAUACACAACUAGCAGAGAAACCAGAACUGAAUCCGGUGCCAGGAAUCACCCGCCAGCUGAUAAAGCGCAUGCCAAUAAAAGCCCAGCAAGUAGAGGUAGAAACUUCAGGAUUUGGGGAUUCCAUGCUGAACGUGAAAUGUGCAGUACAGCCCCUAAGAAAAAGGUCUUGGGCCAAGCCCACGGUUAAUCUCAAGCCAUCCGUGGUUAAAGUCAUUUCAAGCCCUAAAUUGGCCAGGAAACGCAAGGCAGCUGAAAUCCACCCUGAUGUCGUUGAAGCUGUAAAACCACUCAGUUCCAGCAGCAUUCUUCAGGAAAACCCAAGCAAGAAAGCCUCCGUGGCUGCUGUUCCAAUUCUCUUUGAGGACAAGCCAAUCACUGUAUCUGAGAGAGAAAAAAACCCAAACAGUCUUGAUCUGUUUCCAAGCCAAGCUGAUUCUGAUCCAUCACCACCCGAAGUAUCUAGUCCUUGUUCAUCCCAAGUGGCAACAAAAAGCCACUGGCUCAGCUCUGCCUCUUCAGGAAAACUCCCCCUUUCUGUGGAAGAUGAUUUUGAGAAACUGAUCUGGGAUAUCUCAGGAGGAAACUUAGAAGCAGAAAUUGACCUGGAUCUUGGAAAGGAUGAAAGUGACAUUCUACUUGAGCUUUCACAAAUGAUUGAUAGCUGA